CAAUGGACACGGGUGAGAGCAUUAUUGUAAGUGAAAAUGGUUGUAACAGAGAUCAAGUUAUGACCAAUGAUCUGAUGGAUUUGAGCAGUGUGAGGGUUCUUCUUUGUGACACUGAUGUUGAGAGUUGCCAGGAAGUGUUAGCCCUUCUAAAGAAAUGUUGUUACCAGGUUACCCCAGUGUAUUCAGCAGCAGAUGCGUUAGAUGCACUGAACUCUCACGGGCAUUGUAUAGACAUCAUACUUACUGAAGCCUCCCUUCUUAUUUCCAAUGGCGCAAAGAUUUUCAAUUUCAUCAAGCCGGACAUCAAUUUAAAACAGAUUCCAGUGAUCAUGAUGUUGGAUGAAGACGAGAUCCGUCUAGUCUUGAAGGGUUUGAUGCUUGGAGCAACAGAUUAUCUUGUCAAACCAUUGAGCAGUAAUGAGCUAAUGAAACUAUGGACACACAUGAAGAGAAAAGGCUCAUCACAGUCAGUAUAUUAUUGA